AGAAAGAGGUUUCUGAUGAUUAUCAUCGCUGUUGAUGUUGAUCACAUGCUGAUUGAAAGCAAGUUGAAUACUUUGGUACAGAAACUCCAUGACUUCUUGGCUCACUCAUCAGAAGAAUCUGAGGACGCAAACUCUCCUCCAGCAUUAUCUAAAAACAAAAGUAUAGGUAAAAGUAGAGAACCUAAAGGAAGUCCAGCUUCAAUGGAGAACAACAGGGACGAGGGAAGUAGUUCUUCUGAAAGAACCAAAUCCUUAGGAUCAUCCCGUUCCAAAAGGAAACCUACAGUUGUAACAAAAUAUGUUGGGUCAGAUGAUGAACAAAUAGCAGAUGAAACUGUAAAUGAAGAUAUUUCAAAUGAGAACUCAGAGAAUGAUGUAGAUAUGCAAAGCUUGCCUAAAGGUACAGUGGUUGUACAGCCUGAGCCAGUGCUGAAUGAAGACAAAGAUGAUUUUAAAGGGCCUGAAUUUAGAAGCAGAAAUACCGUUAAAAUGAAACCUGAAGCUCCCAAAAAGCGUGGAGAAGAAGGACUCCAUGGAAUUGUGAGCUGCACAGCUUGUGGGCAGCAGGUCAACCAUUUUCAAAAGGAUUCAAUCUAUAGACACCCUACACUCAAAGUGCUUAUUUGUAAGGUGGUGUGCUGAAGGUGGAAAUUUGAUUUGCUGUGACUUUUGCCAUAACGCCUUCUGUAAAAAGUGCAUUUUGCGCAACCUGGGCCGAAAGGAGCUCUCGACUAUCCUGGAUGAAAACAACCAGUGGCACUGCUAUAUUUGCCAUCCAGAGCCUUUGUUGGACUUGGUCACUGCAUGUGACAGUGUCUUUGAAAAUUUAGAACAGUUACUUCAACAAAACAAAAAAAAGAUGAAAGUUGAAAAUGAAAAAAAUAAAACAUAUGACCACACAGUCAAGUUUUCUCCAAAGAAAAAUAAUGCAAAUUGUAAUGGGGAAGAAAAAAAAUUAGAUAAUUCAUAUUCAGGUUCACUAACAUAUUCUUAUAAAGCACUAAUGGUGCCAAAAGACUUGCUUAAGAAAACAAAAAAACUGAUUGAAACUACAACAAAUCUGAAUUCUAGCUUUGUAAGCUUUUUGAAAAAUGCUGCAGAAAAUGUAGAAAUAAGCCCAACUGUGCAACUGUGCCAGCUGAAAGCUUUUAAAUCUGUGCUGAAUGACAUGAAAAAAGCUCAUCUGUCACUAGAAGAAGGCCUGAACUUAGAGAUUCAAGCAUUGAAUGUUAAAAUCAAAGAUAAAAAUACCAAAGAGAAAAAACCUGAGGUUAGAUCAGAAAAAAAUGAGGUGAAAAAAGAUGAAGGAAAGGAACAUGCAGCAUUAAAAGAGGAUGAUGCUGCCCAGACACAGAAGAAAGUCGUGUCAGAGCGGCCUGACAAUGAGCCCAUGGAUCAAAGUGUUCCCUCAGUGGAGCAGACAGAUAACAAGGCAGCCCCUGGGGAAGAGAAAAAGUCUGGCAGAAAUGAAGAACCACAGUAUGAGCCCAACAGUACAGAGGCUUUGGACAUGGAUAUCGUGUCCAUCCCCUCUUCCGUUCCUGAAGAUAUUUUUGAGACUCUGGAAUCUGCAAUGGAGAUUCAGAUGCCCUCAGAUGAGCAGGACAGUGCAAACACAGCAGCAGAUCACGAGGCUCCAAAUUCAAAUACAAAAGCCAACGCUCCUGUGAAAGAUACCAAAGGUGGUACCAAGCUAAAAUCCUCAGCUAAAGGAACAAAAGAACUGAUUGUAAAAUUGACUCCUGUUUCCCUUUCAGAGUCCACAGUUAAAUCUGAUGAUCAAGACAACAGCCUAGAAAAGGACAGUAAAGAUGCUGAUGCAUCUAAAGAUGCUGAUGCAUCUAAAGACAUUGAUGAAUCUCAACCUGGGGCAGCAAACUCUGAGAGUGGGAAACAAAACCACAGCGCUGGCAGCGAGCCCUCCCCGGAGAACGACGCCGUGCCCGCGGAGGACUCGGAUCUCCGGAGGUCUCCCCGUGUCAAAACCACCCCCCUGAGGCGCCCCACGGACAUCAGCCCCCUGACAUCCAACUCAGAAGAGGACAGCAACGACACCAGCAAUGAGAAACCCAAGAGAAAAGCAUCCAAGCAACCCAGGAGGAAAAGCGAUAAAAGAAACGCUUCCGACAGCGCUGCUGAUGGUCCCGGCCCUAACAAACUUUCCAAAUGCAAAAAGCCAUAUGAGUUAGAUCACAGCUCAGACUCUGAUGAGGUGCCAGCUGUCCUUAAAGAAGCAGGGAUGAUGAGUCGCAGCUCCUCAGACAGUGAGAGCAACAGCGAAGCGCCAGCAAAGAAUCAGAAAACUUCAGAUUUACACAAGAGUCAACCAGUAAAGGAUGAAAAUGGGAAAAGAAAAAGGAAGAGUUCCAGUUCCGGUUCAGAUUUAGAUGCUAAAAGAGGCAAAUCAGCUAAAAAUGCUGCUGCUGCAAAAAAGAAACGACAAAACUACUCUGAUUCUUCAAAUUAUGAUUCUGAGUUGGAAAAAGAGAUACAAAUGUUGAGUAAAAUUGAGGCUGCAAAGAAAUCGAAAAAAUUCUCAAGGAAAGAUGAUAGUUAUGAUUCCUCUGAAGAAGAGCAGGGGAAAAAAGUAAGCAGUAAGAGGAAGUUAAAUCUGAAGAAGAAGAGAGGUAAAUCUUCUGAAGAAGAUGAUGAUGGUGAGAAGUCUUCUGCAGAGAAGGAAAUAAAUCACUCUUCUAAAGAUAAAAAGACGGGUAAGAGGUCAGCUGCUAAGGACAAGCUAAGCAGAGACUCCAAAGAGAAAUCUGCAAAGGGAAAACGUGAUGAGUCAUCUGAUGCUGAGAAGUCUUCACUGGAAAAAGAGGAGGGUCCUGAAGUUAAGAAAAAGAAGGAUUUGAAAAAGAAAAAGGCACAGGAUGAUUCUUCUUCUGAGAGUACUGAGAAAUCGGCAAAGAAAGAGCACAAGUUGGAGUCUUCAAAAGACAGACUGAAGAACAAAAAAGGAUCAGAAAGCAAAGCAAAGAAAUCUGAAAAAUUAAAAAAGAAGGGUUUCAAGAAAGAUCAAGAUGAUUCCUCUUCUGAUCUUGAUAAGUCAUCUGCAGAGAGAGGAAGUAGCAAUUCUUCUGAAAACGACAAAAUUAAAAAGGAACCUGUGUUUACAGAAAAGAGAAAAUUGAGAGAGAGAGUAGCUAAAAGAGUACACAUUGAUUUAUCCUCUGAUACUGAGAAAUCUCCCCAAAAAGAGGAGAGCUCUGAUGAUGAUGCCGUGCGGCGUAAAAAACGAACUGACACGAAAGAAAAGAGGAAAAUAAGCCACAAAAAGAAGAUUUCCAAGAAAGAACAGGAUGACUCAUCCUCUUCUGAUGAGGAGUCUUAUGAAGACACUAAGAAAAAAGUUAAAAGAGGAUCAGUAAAAGAAAAUAAAAAGAGCAACUUAAAGAAGAAAGUGGCCAAAAAGAAGGCGGUUGUCACUUCCUCUUCCCCGUCUGACAAGGAGGAAAACGACGAUCAGAAUUCCACGGGCGACGGAAGCAGCGACGAGCAGAAAAUCAGGCCCGUGACUGAAAGCUUGAUGCUGUCUGCUGAUGGGGGAUUCUGUCAGUCAUCAGGAGAUGAGGGAGAUGCUCUAUCAAGGACUAUCCCAAUGGAGGAGGAGGAAGAUGAUGAUGAUGACGACCCUGAGAAUAGAAUUGCCAAGAAAAUGCUUUUAGAAGAAAUCAAAGCCAAUCUUUCCUCUGAUGAGGAUACGUCUUCAGAUGAGCAGCCAGAGGAAGGAAAGAAGAAACCCACAAAGCAAACUGAGAGCACAGCAGAUGAUGGAGAGAAGGAAAAGGAAGACAAGAAGGCAGAAAAGGAAGAAGAUAAUUCUGAGGAUUCAGACUCAGAGGAGGAAGAAACAUCCAAGAAGCCCAGAUACAGACACAGGCUGCUGAGGCAGAAGCUCACUGUGAGUGAUGGGGAGUCUGGAGAAGAAAAGAAGGUGGUGAAACCAAAAGACAAAAAAGAAGGGGGGAAGCGCAGAAAUAGAAGGAAAGUGAGCAGUGAUGACUCCAAUGACUCAGAGUUCCACGAGUCUGCCGUGAGUGAGGAGGUCACUGAGUCUGAGGAUGACCAAAGGCCAAGGACAAGAUCUGCCAAAAAAGCUGAGGCAGAGGAAAACCAGCGCAGCUACAAACAGAAAAAGAAACGGAGGAGGAUAAAGGUUCAAGAGGAUUCAUCCAGUGAAAAUGAGAAUAAGAGUAACUCUGAGAACGAGGACAAUGAUGACUCCAAAUCUCCUGGAAAAGGCAGGAAGAAGAUCAGGAAGAUUAUUAAAGAUGAUAAGCUUAGAACAGAAACACAAAAUGCACUUAAAGAAGAAGAAGAAAGAAGAAAACGGAUCGCAGAGAGAGAACGGGAGAGAGAGAAAUUGAGAGAGGUGAUAGAGAUUGAAGAUGCCUCACCUCUGAAAUGUCCCAUCACAACCAAGCUGGUUUUAGAUGAAGAUGAAGAAACCAAAGAACCAUUAGUGCAGGUCCACAGGAGUAUAGUGACCAGACUGAAACCACACCAAGUAGAUGGUGUUCAGUUCAUGUGGGACUGCUGCUGUGAAUCUGUAAAAAAAACCAAGACAUCUCCUGGCUCUGGCUGCAUUCUUGCUCACUGCAUGGGCCUGGGGAAAACAUUGCAGGUAGUAAGUUUUCUCCACACAGUCUUGCUGUGUGACAAACUGGAUUUUCGGACAGGUCUGGUCGUGUGUCCACUCAACACUGCCUUGAACUGGCUGAACGAGUUUGAGAAAUGGCAAGAAGGUUUAGAAGAUGAGGAGAAACUAGAGGUUUAUGAGCUGGCAACUGUGAAAAGGCCCCAGGAGAGGAGCUACAUGCUGCAGCACUGGCAGGAUGAGGGAGGUGUGAUGAUCAUUGGCUACGAGAUGUAUCGAAACCUGGCACAGGGCAGGAAUGUGAAGAGUAGAAAACUUAAAGAAAUAUUUAAUAAAGCUUUAGUCGACCCAGGUCCUGAUUUUGUGGUGUGUGAUGAAGGACACAUACUGAAAAAUGAAGCAUCUGCUGUCUCCAAGGCAAUGAAUUCUAUUAAAUCUAGGAGAAGAAUAAUUCUGACAGGAACACCACUGCAGAAUAAUCUUAUAGAAUAUCACUGCAUGGUGAACUUCAUCAAGGAGAACCUGCUGGGCUCCAUUAAGGAGUUCCGGAACCGGUUCAUCAAUCCCAUCCAGAACGGGCAGUGCGCAGACUCCACCCCCGUGGAUGUCCGGGUGAUGAAGAAACGAGCUCACAUCCUCUAUGAGAUGCUGGCUGGCUGUGUUCAGAGGAAGGAUUACACAGCCUUAACCAAGUUCCUGCCCCCCAAGUACGAGUACGUGCUGGAGGUGAGGAUGACCCCCAUCCAGUGCAAGCUCUACCAGUAUUACCUGGAUCAUCUGACAGGUGUAGGUGGUGGCAAUGAAGGUGGAAGAGGCAAAGCUGGAGCUAAACUAUUCCAGGAUUUCCAGAUGUUGAGCAGAAUAUGGACUCACCCUUGGUGUUUGCAGCUGGACUAUAUUAGCAAAGAAAAUAAGGGCUAUUUUGAUGAAGACAGCAUGGAUGACUUCAUAGCCUCAGAUUCAGAUGAAACUUCCAUGAGCUUAAGUUCUGAUGAUUAUACAAAGAAAAAAAAAUCCAAGGGGAAAAAGGUGACAAAGGAGUGUAGCUCGAGUGGAAGUGGCAGUGAUAACGAUGUUGAAGUCAUUAAAGUCUGGAAUUCAAGAUCUCGUGGAGGUGGGGAAGGAAAUGUAGAAGAUCUUACAAACAACCCAGCAUCAACAAAGUCAGAUGAAGGCAAAGCUACAUCCUCUUCCAAUCCUGGUAGCCCAGCUCCAGACUGGUACAAAGAUUUUGUCACUGAUGCAGAUGCUGAGGUGUUGGAGCAUUCUGGGAAAAUGGUGCUGCUCUUUGAAAUUCUCCGGAUGGCAGAGGAGCUGGGAGACAAAGUCCUAGUGUUCAGCCAGUCCCUGAUAUCUCUGGAUUUGAUAGAAGAUUUCCUGGAGCUGGCUAACAGGGAGAAAUCUGACAGAGAUCAGCCUCCCAUCUAUAAAGGUGAAGGAAAAUGGUUCAGAAAUAUUGAUUAUUAUCGUUUGGAUGGCUCCACCACAGCUCAGUCCAGAAAGAAAUGGGCUGAGGAGUUCAAUGAUGAAACUAAUGUGAGAGGCCGCUUGUUUAUCAUAUCCACCAAAGCAGGGUCCCUGGGAAUAAACCUGGUGGCUGCCAACAGAGUCAUCAUCUUUGAUGCCUCCUGGAACCCCUCCUAUGACAUCCAGAGCAUCUUCAGGGUGUAUCGCUUCGGGCAGAACAAGCCUGUCUUUGUCUACAGGUUUUUGGCUCAGGGAACCAUGGAGGACAAGAUCUACGACCGGCAGGUGACCAAGCAGUCGCUGUCCUUCAGGGUGGUGGACCAGCAGCAGGUGGAGAGACACUUCACCAUGAACGAGCUCACCGAGCUCUACACCUUUGAGCCAGACCUGCUGGAUGACCCCAACUCAGAGAAGAAGAAGAAGAGGGACACCCCCAUGCUGCCAAAGGUGAGUGGUGGCCACCAGCAGGAGUUCUGUGCUGUGAAAACAAAACAACUGCUGGGUGUGUUGAAAUGUGCUGCAGGUUUGUGGUGGCUGCUUGGAGUGGAGGUGGAGUGCAGGAAACACAAUAAAAACCCAUAAUUAAUUAAAAAACCC